GCAGCGCCCCGCCAAUCCGGCGCGGCGCUGUGGCGUUGUCGCGCAUAGCUUAUGUAAUGAGCGGACGGCGGUGCGCAGAUCCGCAGCCUGGCGCUGCGAGCCUGGGGGGAGCUGGGCUCUUUGUGCUGAGCUGCGCUGCGAGCAGGCUGUCCCGGCUGCGAGCUCCGCGUCGCCCGGAGAGCCGACUGGGAGAAGAGCCUGCGCCAAGCCAUGGUCUCCUUUUCUACUUUUAUACCGCUGGAUAUUUUAUACGUUUGAAGAAUCGCCUUGGACGAGUCGGAUGGACGGAGUAGCAUGAGUUCCCAAUGUUACACGGUGGCGAUGGACCUUGGCGUUUGUCAACUGAGGAGUUUCUCGAUAUCGUUUCUGUCCUCUGUGCUCGGCAAGGAGAGCGCGUCAGUCCGGCUCGACAAUAGCUCUUCGGGUGCAAGUGUGGUUGCCAUCGAUAACAAGAUCGAGCAAGCCAUGGACCUGGUGAAGAGCCACUUGAUGUACGCUGUACGUGAGGAGGUGGAGGUGCUGAAGGAGCAGAUCAAGGAGCUGAUCGAGCGCAACUCGCAGCUGGAGCAGGAGAACAACCUGCUGAAGACCCUUGCCAGCCCUGAGCAGAUGGCCCAGUUCCAGGCCCAGGUCCAGACUGGUGGCUCCCCAACAGGCGGCACCCAACCCACAGCUCUGGCCCCGGUGCCCGGCCCAGCCUCGGGCGGGACCUCGCUGGUGCUCCCCUCUGCACAAAACUCUGGCACCUCGGCGUAGCACGGAAUGAGGUAGAGCCACCCUGAGAAACCCCCCUCCCUCUCCGGGGGCCUUCACAUGCCAACGGGGAGGAGAGACAAAGGAAGACAGGAGGAGGAGGAGAAGAGGGAGGAAAAGGAGAAAGGUAGUCCUACCAUACUGUGAACCGACCUGAGCAUUCAGACCAACGAAGGCCACUGUCUCAAGGAGGAGCACGCUAAAAAUAAAAUGGAAAAAAAAAAGACUUUUUUUUUUGUUUUUUUUUUUUGUUUUUUUUUGUUAGGUUGUUUGCACAUUUUAUUUAACUAACUGUUCAAAGACUGAUGGGAGUCGCGUCACACCCGUGUGUGUCUGCGGUCCCGGCAACUUCAGCCUGCUUCAGACAAUCGCCACGGUGGUAGUAGUGGGUAGCUGUUGAUGUCGUCGUGGCGAUGAGGGGAUGACCAGGUGACCGGAACUGACAAUCCCAAACCUGCCAUCCCUGUCGAGAGCGACGGGGAAAGGGAGGGAGCUUACACCGGACCAAUAAGAAGCCCCACCGAGCGUGCUUGCAUGCCUGUUAGCCGGUGAUUCCCCCGCGAAUGACUGGAUCUAACCACCAACCCCCCCCCCCUCCCAUCUCCACCUUUUUUUUAGUUUGCUUUUUAUUAUUGUACAUUUUCCUCCUCGGCAGUUUCUCUUUCUCUCUCGUAGCUGUGAGGUGGAGACUGAGAGCCAGCACUUUGGUCAGCGACACGUGUCAGAGAGACAUUCGUAGUUACUUCGGAGGGAACUGUCCGUGGAAAAAACCAAACAAAAAACCCGGAAAAGAAUGAAAGACUCGUCCCAUCUGGAAUGGGAGGCAGAGACACGAACAGUGCAACUCACUUGCCCUUUGUUUUUGCCCCCCCUCCCCUCCCCUCCCCCCCUCCCCGCUGUCUGUUAGGAAGAAGAAAAGAGUCUGAUAUUCGGUGUGGGUGGGUGACGGGGAGCAUACGAGCGGUGCAACCUACUUUAGCUGCAUCUCGUUGUUCUUCUCCAUGCUUACAUCACCGUCCCCAAUCACCUUUAUUACAUGCCCCACCCCCCCCGCAAGUACUGACGUUUCAUGAUGUAUAUUCAUACAGGGAAUCAAUGUUUUGUUUUUUCUUUUCUUUCGUUGUAGGGAUGGCCGGGAAAAGGUUUUGGGGUUGCAAUUUGUUUUUAGCUUGUAUUUUCAUUCCCGUCACUGUAACGAAAGUCCCGGUGGUCUGUACGAUAAAUAACGGAAAAGGAAGAGUUAAUUGGACGCGACUGUUUUUAGGUUGUAAACUUUGUACAGAUUUAAAAUUUCCAAUUAAGCUCUGCCAAGUGCCUGGUUUCUAACCAUAGAUACAUAUAUAACACCUUUUUUUAUUUAAUUAUUUUCAGCCAUGUGUAUGUACAUACAUAUAUAUAUAUAUAUAUCUAUGGUUUUGCCAGGUUUUGAACUACCUGUGAUGUCAUUUCUCAGGGUGGGAACAGAAGAUCUUUUUUCUUUUCUUUUCUUUUUUUUAACCUCACCACUAAAAUGCUGUCUCUCCCGCAGUGUGGCACACGGCCUUGUACUGUACUGUAUAUUGACUCUCCUCUGCCGGCGCUUUUUCUUCCUUACUCAUUCAAAUGAUACAAACUCUUACCGUUUGGGGACGCGUAGAUGUUCUUAAUGACGAUGGUGAUUGAUUUUUUUUUUCUCUCUCGCUCUCUCUCUUCCUUUUUGUACAACCAAGUGUUUAAGAGUUCCCCUCGGAGCGAUUUAUGCUGAAUACUAUGGAGACACUUGGUCAAGCAAAACGCAUAAAAGUAUGUCGAUGUGUUGUGCAUGUUUCCUCUGCCCAUCACAAAUGUGACGUUACAAUUGCACUAAACAGUUUCACCUCAAAUAAAAGUGAAAAAUAAAGUCAGCUA